AUGAAGCCAGUGAAGCUGCUCGUGGAGGAGGAACGGAGGCGCUCGUGGCCCGGCGGCACAGGCAGUGUUAAAAUGGGAGCCAACUAUGCAAGCUCCGUACUGGUGCAGAAGGAGGCCGAUGCGCAGGGCUACCAGCAGGUGUUGUGGCUUGGUCCCAAGGGUGAGGUGGAGGAGGUUGGUGCCAUGAACUUCUUCUGUCUCUGGAGGCCCUCCAACUCCAAGCCCGAUCUGGAGCUCAUCACCGCCCCACUGGACGGCACAGUUCUUCCAGGCGUCACGCGUGACUCCAUUCUCUCGCUGGCGCGCGGCUUCGGCGGGGUGAAGGUGUCGGAGCGGAGCUUCCUCAUCGAGGAACUCGUCACCGCCCUGCAGGAGAAGCGGGUGGUGGAGUGCUUCGGCUGCGGCACGGCGGCCAUCGUCUCGCCCGUGGAGGCGCUGUGCUACAAGCAGGUGAAGUACGACGUGCCGUGCCCGCCGCCCGAGACCUCCUUCACCCACCGCAUGCUCAACACCAUCCAGGACAUCCAGUACGGCGUGCUGGAGCACGAGUGGUCGCGCGUCGUCGCGUAG